GGUUUAAGAAUCGUUUAUUGCUGAAUCAAAGCGCCCCAAAAAUCUCGCAUACAACACUUUCGGUACAUUUAUAAAGUCAGGUAUUCUCCUAUUAUUAAAACUUACUAUGAAAAAUUUCUUGAAAACCCAAUUUCUGUCACUUGAACAUGGUGAAUUUUCUUUACAAUACCACAAGUGAAGAGGUUGAAGAAGAUAAAAAGAACCAACCUUUUUCAGAGUUACUUUCUGUCCCUGAUUUUGACGAGUUUUCUUUGUCUUUUGCUGAUUCAUUUCUUGAUUUUGAUUCCCUCAGUGAUUUAAUAUCAGAUAGCCCUAUGUCUGAUAAAAAACAAGAACCCAUUGAGCUUAGUUCUGUUGAAGUUGAAUUGAACAAUAUGGACAAGAAUAAUGGUGGGAUUUUUGAGAAAUUUGAAGUUCAAAGUGAGGUUCCUUUGAGUUGUUUGAAUCAAGAAAAGACUGAAAGUGGGGUUUCUGAAAAUGGUUUGGAUAAGGGAAGUGAUGGGAUAAUAGAGAAAGUUGAGUUGCCUGUAGUGGAGUUGGGGAGAGUUAGUAUAACUGAUACAGAGAAUGAAAAAGUUGCUAUAAUUAGUAAGGAUGAGGAAAAAAUUGUUAAUGAGUCUGGUGUUAGUGGAAGUAUAGCGAAUAACGAGUUAAAAGGUGAUAAAGAUGUGAGUGAUAGUGAUACGGAGUCUGGAAGUGAAAGUGAAAGUGCAUCCUCUUCCUCGGCGGCGUCUAGUAGUGAUGAGGAAGGAGAUGAGAGUAGUUCGAAUGAGGAAGAAGAAGGGGAGAUUGUAGGGUCUGAUCCUGAUGAGAUGGUUGCUUGGGAUGAUGAUGAGGAGGACACUGGUGUUAAGGGACCUAUCAAGUCUAAGAACGAGGUUCAGGUUCUACCUCCAGUUCCGGAAGUGACUGCAACCUUGCAACCACAGCACCAGAUGCAGCCUGUAGGAGUUGUGACAUCAAUUCUCGGGGCCCAAGUUGUAGUAGAAGGGGUGGAGAAGCAUACUCCUCUUUAUGACGGUUCUAUUCUCUGGAUAACAGAAAGCAGAUCACCACUCGGUAUAAUAGAUGAGAUUUUUGGGCCUGUCAAGAACCCAUACUACAUUGUAAGAUACAAUUCUGACAACGAAGUUCCCCCUGGAAUCCACCCAGGCACCUUGAUCUCAUUUGUCCCUGAAUUUUCAAGUCAUAUUUUAAAUGACAACAGUCUCUACAAGAAAGGGUAUGAUGCAUCUGGUGAAAAUGAUGAAGAGGUAUCUGAGGACGAAUUUUCAGAUGAUGAAAAGGAGGCUGAAUACAAGAAAAUGCUGAAAAUGAAAAAGAGGGGCGUCACAAAUGAUCUUAAACCAGGAAACAAGAAAAAGGACAAAAGGAAUCUAAAAAAUCGAUCUCAGACCUGGAAACAACAUGAUCAAGGUGCGGCUACAGAUGUGCCACAUGAAAAUGGUAAACCAUCAGUUGACCAAAGUCAACGUUUAAUCCCAGCUGCUUCUGCUCCAUUGGAUCAAGGCAUUCGUCCAAACGCCUCUCUUCAAGGACCUGGACAGAAUUUUAGGCCUCCAUUCCCUCGUAUGGAAAAUCCCCUUGGCUUAGCAGCACCGUCAAACGGAGUUUGGAAUAAUGGAAUCCCAUAUCAGCAGCCCCAGAAUAUGGGCUUUCCUAACGGACUGCCGAAUAUGGGUAUGCCAUGGGCCCAACAAGGUCUUCCACAGCAAAUGUUUCAAAUGCCUACGCCAAAUGCAUUACCUUUUGAUCAGCAAAUAAAUCCAACUCUUCCGCCCAACUUUAUGUUCCCAGGUGGUGUACCAAAUUUUGGUGCAGGGCCAUCAUUUGCUGCACCUUGGCCUGCCUUAGGACAAAAUGUUUUUGGUCAAACACCUUUGCCAAUGGGCUUACCAGGCCAAUUUACUCCUACGCCCAUGAAUUUUGGAGGUCAGAUACCAGCAAAUGGACCACAAUCAGGACAGAACAAUAAUUCACAACCAGGCCAAUUUACUCCUACACCGAUGAAUUUUGGAGGUCAGGUACCAGCAAAUGGACCACAAUCAGGACAGAACAGUAAUUCAGGUCCUGGCUAUAAUAAUGGUUCUCCAAACUUCAAUCGAGGCGGUCAUUCUGGUGGUGGUCGGAGAGGAAAUCACAGGGGUGGUGGCCGUUUUGGUGGUAGGAGGGGAGGCAGGUCACAACGUAACUGAAGAGUUUCAUGUGAUGAUGAAGAACGGGCAAGCCGUAGGUUGUACAGGGAGGGCAUGUUCUCGUUCUCCGACAUGUAAAGGUUGCACCACCUGUGUCUGUUUUGGUCGCGAGAUAUGUUGAUUUUCAGAUUGCAGUUGCCAGACGUGCAGUGAUUUUACAAGGAAUGCAAAAGCCUGAUUACUCUAUAAUUUGUUUCCAAUUUAAAUGGGGUAUGUUUUCCCCAUCAUUAAUUCAUCUGAACCCCUACUGCUCAUGUUUUUGCUGACUAUUAAUCCCAAAUUUACAUUUACAAUCAAAGGCUUUUCUCUCUAUAAAUAUAUUUGUGCAUCUGCAUCAUGCAUGCAUGCUAAGAUA